AUUCCCCUCAGAACAAAUACCCCAGGAGACAUUGCAUGAAGGAGCCGUGGUGCUUCUUAUUUGCAUAAACGCUGACAUCCUUCACAAGGUUGGCUCCUGCUUAUCCCAGCUCCACUCACUCCUGUGAACGCUGUAUGUGUGUCAUUCAAGUGGGUGGAAGCCUGCAUCAGGCACAUGUGCAUUGAACAAAAACAACAGCACUUGUGUUCACUGAAGGUUGUUUAUGGCUGUGAGUGAAGCUGAAAGUAAGAGCUCUGUUCUGUACUGGUGCUCCGAAUGAAGAGGAGGCAGGAGAAAAGCAAUGACUGUGGUGGAACUGUCUGUGCCUGCAUGAAAUGAAACAUUUACUCCCUACUCUUUUUUUUAGUUGGAAGCUUGAAAUUUGGGUUCUGUGACACUCUUCGUUGGUUUUAGCUGUACAUUUUCGAAAGGAAAUCAUGCCACAAACACCAACCUUUGCAGCAAUGUUUAACAGCAGUGGUUACAGCCGACACCUGUACUCAUCCAGUGAGGAGAAUUGUGGAGGCCUAUUUUACCAUGACAACAACCUCGUCUCAGGGUCUUUGGAGGCACUGAUCCAACACCUUGUGCCUACAGUAGACUACUAUCCUGAUAGAACAUACAUAUUUACCUUUCUGCUGAGCUCACGUCUUUUUAUUCGGCCGUAUGAGCUCCUAGCAAAAGUUUGUCUCAUGUGCAUUGAGCAACAGCGACUGAAUGAGGCCAUUUUAGAUAAGGCUAAAUUAAGAAAAUUUGCACCAAAAAUAGUGCAGCUGUUGGCUGAAUGGACUGAGAUAUUUCCCUAUGAUUUUCGAGAUGAGAGGAUGAUGAGAAACCUGAAGGACAUGACACUGAAGAUAGCUACUUUGGAUGAGUUACAUCGGAACACCAUGCAGCAGAUUACUCAGAAUCUGAUCCAGAAGCUGGCUACCCUUAACCAGUAUGAAGAAGUUCUGUCAAAAUUAAAUGCAACUGUCACAGACCGACUUACUGUGCUAAAGACCAAACCGCAGUCCAUUCAGAGAGAUAUAGUGACCAUCUGCAGUGACCCGUACACUUUAGCUCAGCAGCUAACACAUAUAGAACUGGAACGACUCAGUCAUAUCGGACCUGAGGAAUUUGUUCAAGCCUUUGCACACAAAGACACUUUAGACAACAACAAGAACUGUUUUAAUCAUCUGAAAAAAGCAAGCAAUCUGGAAGCAUAUGUGGAGUGGUUCAACAGACUGAGCUAUCUCGUCGCGACAGAGAUUUGCAUGCCAGUGAAGAAGAAGCACAGGGCACGAGUAAUAGAAUACUUCAUCGAUGUAGCUCGGGAAUGCUUCAACAUCGGCAACUUCAAUUCCUUGAUGGCAAUUAUUUCUGGUAUGAACAUGAGCCCUGUUUCUAGACUAAAGAAAACCUGGGCAAAAAUCAAAACAGCUAAGUUUGAUAUCCUUGAGCAUCAAAUGGAUCCUUCCAGUAAUUUCUACAACUAUAGAACGGCUUUGCGAGGAGCAGCUCAAAGAUCAAUGACAGCCCAUAGCACCAGGGAAAAGAUUGUUAUUCCUUUCUGCAGUUUGUUAAUCAAGGAUAUUUACUUUCUAAAUGAGGGUUGUGCCAAUCGUUUACUAAAUGGACAUGUCAAUUUUGAGAAAUUCUGGGAGCUUGCAAAGCAAGUCAGUGAGUUUAUGACCUGGAAACAAGUUGAAUGUCCCUUCGAGCAUGAUCGCAAAAUUCUUCAAUAUCUUCUCACAGCUCCUGUCUUCUCUGAAGAUACACUGUACUUGGCAUCGUAUGAUAGUGAAAGCCCUGAGAACCACGUUGAGAAGGAACGGUGGAAGUCUCUAAGAUCUACGCUUCUAACAAGGGUUUAGCUUUGAUGUAAACCUCUGAUGUAAAUUGGCCCCAAAUCAAAGAUGUUUUGCAGUAGUUGCCAUCUGAGGACAAGGCAGUUGGCAUACAGUAGUCCAGAACUCCUAUGUCAGUACAAAGGAGGCUGAAUCUCAGUGAGAGCCAAAACAGACAUUGGAUGCCUGUAUUUCAUCGGCCACUGAUUAGUUCAAAUGUGUCAUCUACUUUUUUGUUCAACUAGAUGGAAGUCAAUUCAUUAUGAAUUGAACUUUGAGAGUGUCACCGUGAUUGCACAUCUCAAUAUUUGCUCUCAAGUUGUGGACUAAACAUCAGGGUGUUCAGUUGGUUAUUCUCUGCUGUUUCAGACAGAAACUCAAAAAUUGGUGCUGGUCUCAACAUGGUCUACAGAUUACUGGAAUUAAAACUGAACAGUGAGAUGGCUGCUGGUUAGCCUACUCAGUUUUAUGAGAAGAAACUGUUAAUUUAAUGAUGUUUAUGACAAUGGUCACAGAAAUGUAGUACAGGAAUGCAGUAGAUUUAUGUAAUAUGAGAAAUAUGGUUACAUCCAUGACCAAAUUGAUCCUGUAGAAUACUUUAUAAACAUUCCACAUGGGUAUGUGAUUCACACCCGGGUACGUUUUAACACAUUAUGUGAUGUAGAUUAACUCAAAAGAAUAGAAAUCCCCAAAUGCAUUAUUCUGGCAGAGAUAAGAGUUAAAGAGCAUUCUAGUUGCUUUUAGAAGGUGUUUGUAAUUUUCGCAACUUACAUUAAAAUAGUGAUGUGAAAGCAAUAGUGUACCCUAUCAGCAGAAGCAACACAGGGACAUGUUCUGUAGGAAGACUUGUAGAUUCAUUAAUGAAUUUGUAGUUGGUUAAUUAUCCUAUGAAAUGCACUGUUUAGAUAGUCAUAUCAGCAUUAGGAUUGUGCAAUACCUUGUUUUUUAGAAUUCUUUGACUUGCUUUCAGUAGGUGCAAGCACUUAAAGAUAUUAAUUCCAUAUGUCAUGACAGACAUCAUGGGACUAUAAAAAAUAAUGAAUGUGAUUCAGAAAAAUAUAAUUGCCAGUGAUUCACUAACAGAGCUGACAAGAUAAUGUACAUGUCUUUAUAAACUACUUGAACAAAGGUGAAAUUUUGCAGGCGUUUUGUCCUGCUAUUUGUCUUUUUGUGUUUCUUUUUUAAAAUCACAGUUUGUGGUUAAUUUAUCUGUGUAUGUAAUUUAUACUUUUAUGUGUAUAUCAUAAUGUAUUUAAAUGUUAAGAUUGCUCAAAAGUCGACUUUUUAAAAUUUUAUGUGGCUGAAAUGGAGCUUUUGUAUAUAAUGAAGGUUUCUUCUUUCACCAAUUGUACAAGUGAAAUUGUUUUACACCGAACCAUUGGCAUAGCUAAAUCUACAGAUUAAUGAAGCAAUAGAGAAAAAUAUAUUCUAGUCAUGCAUAGCAGCUUUCAUAAUUUGGUGCAGCACAUAGUACUUCUGCAAGUAAAUGAUUAUUACUGAGUCUAUAUACCCAAGGGAAGCAAACCCUAUUAUUCCUAUGUGGUAGGAGUAAUUUCUCGGCACCAUAAACUAUAUAGGCAAAAGUGAGGACUGCAGAUGCUGGAGAUCAGAGUCUAGAUUAGAGUGGUUUCUGGAAAAGCACAACAGGCCAGGCAGCAUUUGAGGAGCAGGAAAAUCGAAGUUUCAGGCAAAAGCCCUAUUUCAGGAAUGAAGGCUGCCUGAGCUGCUGUGCUUUUCCAGCACCACUCCAAUCUAGACCAUAAAAUAUAUGUCUCAAGUUACCCACUAGAUGUCAAACUCAUCUCCACCUCAGCAGGAAUUGUGUUCAAACUCUGUCAUUUCUGAUGCAAAGUUAGGAAUGCUAUGGCUAAGUCAAAGAGUUAGCUGGUCAAUUCAUGUUGUUGGCAGUUUACGUGGACCAGAACAGGAUUUUUCUGCCAAAGUUACGUAAAGUCACCAUCAUUAGUAUCUGUACAAAAUUGAAAAAUUACAAUCUGUACUUAUGUCAAAUUGACCUAACACAUAUACUAAAGCAGGGAACAGAUAGAUGCUGAUGCAAAAUUCAUUUUGAUGUAACUUAAGAUGAAUAAUGUUGAGUUUAUAUGUGACUCCUCGAAUUAUACCAAUGAUGAGCACAUUAAUUAACUUCAUCUGAAUGAAUGCUCUGAUGAAGUUCCCUUUUUUAUAAGCAUGAAUUCUUAGAGUGACUUGAUAAUAUAUCACUGAACAGUUUCAGUACCUAUCAACCAUAGUUGUUUUAGGCAUGGAUGCUCACAGGUUCAAUAAAAUCUAUAAUAAAGAAAUGGGACUUCUUCGAGUCAUACAACACGGAAAUCGACCCUUUGGUACAACCAGUCCAAGCCGACCAUAAUCCCAAACUAGACUAGUCCC